AUGAAUCUUCUCUCCUACAAUAUUAGAGGUGGGGGCACUCUUUCGAAGAGGAAGAGAGUGAGUUUUCUUGUACAGUCUUUCAGCAUUGAUAUUUGCUUCAUUCAAGAAACCAAAUUACCUUGUUUUAAUGAGACUUUUGCGAAGAAUUUUUGGGGCAGCAGUGGUGUAGAGUGGACUGCUUCUAAUUCGUUAGGAGCAGCGGGAGGUAUGGUGAUUCUUUGGAGGAAGGAUUCUUUGUCUCUCAAUUUCAGUUUUAUUGGUAAAGGAUAUGUGGGCAUAAAUUUUUUGUGGAAAGGAGUUGUUCAUAACCUUGUAAACGUGUACGCACUGUGUAGUGUGGCGGAAAGAAGGGUUUUGUGGAGGUCUUUACUGGAGAGAAAAAGAAAGAGUGGUAAUGAGGAAUGGUGUGUAGUGGGAGAUUUUAAUGAAAUUGUGAGAAGGGAAGAAAGAAAAGGGGAAGGUUUUUGUUAUAAUGCAAGAGGGAUGACGGAGUUUCGUGAGUUCAUUGAGAAUAUGGAGUUGGAGGACAUUCAUUGUGUUGGAGGGAAGUUUACGUGGUUCAAAGAUAACGGGAAGGCUAUGAGUAGAUUGGAUAGGUUCCUAGUCUCGAGAAAGAUGAUAGAUUUGUGGGGUGUGUUGGAUCAAAGGAUUUAA